AUGGCGGACACUCCUGACACACAAGCUCCUGACACAGAACAAGUUGCGAUGUCACUCCAGAGCACUUUUGAGCGCUUGCUCCACAACGUCGACAGGCUCUUUACAAGCUUCUGGGCAAAGUUAGAAGCCCGCGCCAUGGAGACACCGCGUCAGAACCAAGAGCACAGCAGAGAGAAGCGGGAGGUGAGCGGGCCCCCUCAAGGCGAACUCCCACAUCAAAUGCCUGACACAGCGCAAACGGACCAGACAAGGCCCAAAGCCACCAGGGGCAUACUACCCCGAUAUAUGCAGCGGAGGCUGAGAAUCCACCGCCGCUGGCGGCAACGCUACAGCAGGAGCACCAGCCGUCCCUUCCAUCAAAGAGACUUGGCCUGGAGACAGAGGACCCGAACCUCUAA